UCGUGCAUGGCGGCCCAGUCGACUGCUAACCGCAAAGUCUCGUAGACGCAUCUAUUGGAUUAAAGCCUGCAUAUUUUUACUUCUUUAAUGUUACCUGUGCUAAGUUCGUAGCCUUUUCAAAUAAAGAUGUCUGUACUGCGAGCGAUUGCGGUGUUCCUAUGCGGGUUCCUAUCUUUGAGAUUGUGCAGAGCACAGGUUGUUUUCCCCGGCACCUGCCCAGAUGUUGAAGCGAUGAAAAAUUUUGACCGGGCACGGUACCUUGGGAGGUGGUACGAGGCAGAAAAAUAUUUUGCAUUCUUCGAACUAGGUGGUCGAUGCAUUACCGCUGACUAUGGAUUUAAAGACGACUUGAUUACUGUCACCAAUAAGCAAAUCAAUAAUAUCACAGGAUCUAUCAACCAAAUCAAAGGAUACGCGACUAUAGAGAGCGGGGAGGCAGAGGAAGCAAAGCUCUCCGUCUACUUCCCGAAGAUGCCGAUCAACAUCGCAGCACCCUACUGGGUCGUGGGCACCGACUACGAUAGUUAUUCCGUUGUAUGGAGCUGCUAUGAAUUCGGAACAUUAUUUAACACACGAAACGCCUGGAUAUUGACAAGACAACGAAAUCCACCAGAAUCAGUACUAAAGAAGGCGUACAAAGUUAUUGAAGACAACAAAAUUGAUCAGUCUUACUUCACGAAAACCGAUCAGACAAACUGUACAGUUGUUGAAGACGAAGAUUAAAUUUUAGCAAGUAAAUUAUUUAUGUUUCUAUGUCAAUAGUGCCUGACCGUAGCUUCUUAUUGGCUUCAAACGGUGCUAGCAUUUAUUUUUAUUAUUGGGAAUUUAACCGAAGCGUCGGUUUCUACUGGCGAAACAUUCAUACAAAACAUAAUUGUUUUGCAGUUUUUAAAGACAACGAAUGUAUUGUGCAGUGAAAACUCACGACUAAAUGACACCAUUAUAUACCUAUGUAUUUUUAAUUAUAUAGUACUAUGGUCUUUAUAAAAUACUGAAAAUUUGGUAACUGAGAUUGUGGUUAUUAAUGUAUAUUGUUUUAAAUUUAAACAAUAUUAGUUACGUAUAAAACAGAUCGUGUCAUAUGUUUUAAAGAAUUUUUGGUUUUAUCGAUGAAUUAAUGAUAACUAAAGAAAAAGCCAUACUAUGAAUUAUCUGCAAAAUAUGUAUUUUGUCGAACGAAGUAACACCAUACACAUUUCCCACUUUUAAUAAAUAAUACGAAAGCCGCAA